AUGGACACCUGUGGCUUUGACAGGGUCAUUCCGCGUUCCCCAAGAUCUGGUCACUUCACAAUGGUCUCAAGAAGUGGUGCCGCCGUCACUUGGGGCGCACAGGAAAUCACAGCCGCCGGGGGAAUUUACAGAUUGUGCUGGUGGUCCGGUUUCCCAAGCACUGAAGUAAAUUCCACGGUGGUGUCGGAUGCUGACACUCCGGGUGAAGAGUUUGUCGUGGAUCUGGGCAAGCUGGAAAUUAUCGGACCAGCACCCCUGCAGCAGCACAGAACCUGUGUGAGUGGACAGACUUGUCACCUGGUCGAAGUGGAGGGUUUGGGCCUUGCAAGCCUCAACAAGUGGAUGGUCCUCGACACUUGUGGUACUGGACCCCAGACUCGGGGCAUAGGUCCUGAUUUGGUUGCUGCCAGUGGCUUGCAGUGGAUAUGGAAAGAUCCAUUCAGCGCUGCUGGAGGCGAGUAUCGCCUGUGCUGGUGUGCCAGUUUGCCACAGUCAGGCAAUUUCUUGACGGAGUCCAACCAGAGCAACGUGACGAAUCUGACCUCGACACAGGAUGGUAUGGCUAGCAAUCGGACGGAUGCUUUGGAUUGCCUUCUACCUCAAGAAUUCUCUGUUGAUGUGGGCAAGUUUUCGGUGAUUGGAGUUGCUCCUUUGGAGCAGCAUCGAACCUGCGUCAGCGGACAGAGCUGCCGCUUCUCGGGCAUCUCGCUCAUGAAUACACCGGAUGCUCCAGGAAGCUUCAUGGUGCUCGAUUCCUGUGGCGCCUCGCGCCCAGCUUUUUCCGUCGGGAUCUUGAUGCGGCCAGCACAGGAGGUGUGCUUGCGGAACCUUCGCCAAAUGCCACACAGCGCUGGAGCCUUACCGGUCACUGCCGGUGGCGGGCAAUACAGGUUGUGCUGGUGCGCGUCCCCAGCCUUCUCCUGCAGCUUGACAGAGGAUUUUCGGUUGGACGCGGGAACCUUCACCUUGAUCGGAAUGAGCCCAUUCAAUCAGGACCGAACGUGUGUGGCCGGGGAGGUGUGCUUCACUGAGGGCUUCUCGGGCCAGCAUCUAUCUGUCAACGACAGGUCAAGUUGGAUUGAGAAGGGCAUGCCCGUGAACCGUCAGGAUUCCAGCGUACUGGUCUCGCCAGGUUGGUCCUUCGAGCGCACGACGGCUGUGCUGGUGUGGCGAUUUGCAGCCAUGCAGCACAUCAGAGCAGUUCAGGUUCGACGUUGGUGGCCUCUUUUUGCUUGGCCCAGCACCUCUGGAGCAGCACAGGACCUGCAUAAGUGGCCAAUCAUGUCCUAUGAGCGAUUUGCAAGGCUUCGCUAUGCCCUUGGAGAGCCAGGCCGCAGCCACAGCAUUGCCCAGCUGCUGGCCAACCAUGCAAGCGGGAAGCAGCCGACAAUGCAGAGCAGCAGGAACCAGACAAUGAUCAAUUCCACGACAACAUGGACGGAUGAUCCCAACACCUGGGGCACUUCAUGCAUGCGAGGGGAGGACUUCGAGAUUGACGUUGGCACGUUCACAGUUGUCGGGCCGUCACCUGUUUUGCAGCAGGUGACGUGUGUUGCGGGGUGGACAUGUGCACUCGAGAUCUCCGGCACCGGCAUUCGUAACGUCGAUCGUGCAAUGAUCCUGGAGACUUGUGGUGUGGCUUCAUCUGUGGAGGGAUUACCAAGCUCACCGGGCACCGAAGUUGUUCGGGCACCAGGUGGUUCCUACCAGCUCUGUUGGUGUGCAACAUCUGGUCUGUUGAGCUGCAGAUUGUCUGUAGAGUUCACCUUUGGCUUUGGACAGCUCCACAUCUUGGGUCCCUUGCGUGGGCAAGAUCGGACAUGCGUGGCCGGACAAAGUUGCGUUGUGGAUGUCCUCGGGCUGGGUCUGUCGGAUGGAGAUCGGUUCUUGGUGGCAGAGACUUGUGGAGCUUUCACGACCCUGCCCAGAUUCCCUUCGUCAGGCCUUUCCGAGCCUCUUUCCACGGCCCGGAACAGCUCUACUGAACUGUCAGUGAGGUCGUUUACCAUUUCUUGGGGCCGGACAGCUGUGACAGCCCAGGGUGGAGACUACAGGCUUUGCUGGUGUUCUCGUGCUGCUUCGCAGAUCUCUGAUCGUUCGUGCUCUCUUCAUCCGGGCUUUCUCGAGAUGGCCAAUUCCUCUGGAGGUGAAACGCUGCAGCCUGCAGCCAACCACGGCUUUCUUUUCGAUGCAGGAAGGCUUCGGGUUCGUGGGGUCUUCCCCCUGGACCAGGCCCGUACUUGCAUUUCUGGCCAGACCUGCCAAAUAGAUGCUAUCACAGGCCUCGACCUGCGGAACGGAGAUGCUGUGAUGGCUUUGGAGACCUGCGGUGUCAAUCAGGCGAUUGGCCGCUUUGCCUGGGCAGGGCUGGCCACGAGCGUGGCGGCCAGCGGCUCCAGCUUUUCCUGGGGACCUGAACCGAUCACGGCAGCCGGAGGGAUCUACCGUCUGUGCUGGUGUGCGGCAUCACAUCAUGGCUGCGAGAUUCCGAGCAAGUUUGUCGUUGAUUUCGGAUCUCUUAUGCUGCUUGGGUCCGAGGCAGAGCACAUCCGUCAUUCGCGAACUUGUGUUGCGGGCACGACUUGCCGCCUGCAUCAAGUUGAAGGCCAAGAGUUGCCUGCAGGUAGCCAGCUGCUUGUCCUGGACAGCUGCGGCACCACCAGCCAAGUACCCCGACUCCCGGCGAUUUCGAUCCCGGCUCACGCUUCGAAUUGGACAUACACAAGCCUCGAGCUUGGAGUGGUGACAGCUGCUGCAGGGCAGUAUCGGCUAUGCUGGUGUGGUGGGCAGACGGGCUGCAUUGAUGCACAGCAGUUUAAAUUCGAUGCUGGUGGCUUCACCCUGCUUGGACCGGGACCCCUGGAGCAACACAGGACAUGCGUUAGUGGACAGCCAUGUGCCAUGGAGGGGCUUACGGGCAUCGGACUAGAAGACCUGAACGGUGGCACCUUUUCCGUUCUCGACACGUGUGGCAUCGCACCCUGGCAGUCGACUUUCCCGCCGGUGUCCGCUUCCCAGUCUUCGACCCGAGUGACUGCUGGAUCAGAAGAGGUUGCAGUAUUCUGGAAUGCCUCGAUACUUCUGCCAGGUGGUCAACACAGACUCUGCUGGUGUCCCAGGCCUUCAGGCUGCACAGCUGAAGCAGACUUUUUGAUGGACGUCGGUCGCAUUGAGCUCGUCGGGGUGUCACCUCUGCCGCAGCACCGGACAUGUGUGAGUGGACAAACGUGCGAGUUUGAUGGAAUUUCCGGCCACUAUCUAUCUGAUCAAGAUGUCUACUUGGUGGCUGACACGUGUGGCACUACGUUGGGACUGCCACGAUUCCUGGGAAGAAGCAGCUUCUCCACUUCAGUCACAGCUUCUGGAGCACGUGUUUCGUUUGGAUCCGUGCCGGUGACAGCUGCAGGUGGUCACUUCAUGCUCUGCUGGUGUUCCGGCACUCUUGCAGGCUGCAGCAGCCCUGGUGACUUUCAAGUCGCGGGCACACUCAGCUUGUUGGGACCGGCUCCGCUCCGGCAGGACAAGACGUGCAUCAGUGGUCACACCUGCAGCUUUGAAAUGACCAGCCACCUACCGCACGCAGGAAAUUCGUUCCUGGUUGUGGACACGUGCGGCACAAACAGUCUGCCACAUGGUGUCCCCUCAACACCCUUCCAAACUACAAUGUAUCUCUCAUCUUUUUCAGUGGGCUUCGUGGAUGCUGACGGAGAUGGCAUUACUGCCUGUGGAGGCGACGAGUGCUUCAACGAUCCGUUUAAAAUCUAUGGUGGGAUCUGUGGCUGUGGCGUCGCCGACGUCGACACAGAUGGUGAUGGUCUAGUGGACUGCUUGGAUUGGUGCCCCCUGGAUCCAAACAAGACACUUCCCGGAUACUGUGGAUGUGGCGACACCGAAGAUGACACGGACGGGGACGGUGUGUUAGAUUGUGCUGACAAAUGCCCCCUCGAUCCAACGAAGACCAACCCUCAGCUGUGUGGAUGUGGAGUGCCAGAUACAGACUCAGACAUCGAUGGUACCCCAGACUGCUAUGACAAGUGCCCCAGUCAGCCAGACAGUGUUGCUGGUGUGUGCCAGUGUGCCGCGAGCUUUGCCGACGAUGACUUCGACGGAACCCCCAACUGCAAUGACCUGUGUCCACUAGAUCCACUGAAGCUGGCGCCCGGGCCAGGAGGUUGUGGCACUCCUAACACAGACAGCGAUGGGGACGGCACCGUUGACUAUUUGGACAUGUGCCCUUUGGAUGCCGGCAAAGUCGAGUAUGGCGACUGUGGAUGCGGGGUUUCGGACAUCGACUCGGACUCUGAUGGAUUGCCCGACUGCGUCGAUGCAUGUCCCCUCGACCGCGGCAAGAACCUGACAGGUAUCUGUGGCUGUGGGAUCUCGGACGAGGAUCCUGAUGGAAACCGAAGGCCGAUUUGCUUUCCAGAUUGUCCGCCAGUCUCGACCUCCACCCAGUACGUUGUCUCUGUGGCCGGACUUGGCAGGGAACAGAUCUCAAUGGCAGGUGGCCAAUAUCGCCUCUGCUGGUGUGCCGGCAAGUUGGGUGCAAACGCGAGCAACGUGUCUAAUGAGAGCGCAGCAGACAGCUACAGCAGCUGCUCCCACCUGGAAGAUUUCAAGGUGGACUUCGGCGGGCUGCUCGUCAUGGGGGUCGCGCCUCUGAAGCAGUCUAGGACCUGUGUGAGUGGCUCUUCCUGCAUUGUCGAGGGCUUCACUGGCUUUGGCCUCACCUCAGCCGAUGGUUACAUGAUCUUGGAGACCUGCGGUGUCCACUCGGGACCUCUUCUGACCUUGCUGCCCUUUGACAGCCACGGAAAUGUUAGCAAUGGAUGGUCAAUAACACGGCGCUGGGUGGGGGAGACCCAAGUCUCGGGUGGCCUCUACAGGUUGUGCUGGUGUGCGGACCACUUUGACAACGUGACCUCUUGGUGUCAGCAUGCAGAAUACCACAUAGUUGACGUCGGAACCAUGUCCUUGGUAGGACCAGAACUCUCCCAGGUCGGAUGGACCUGCGUGUCUGGGCAGGCAUGUGUCCUGGACGCCAUCGCCGGCCAUGGAUUGUCCGCCCUCGAUGCCCUUAUCGUUCUGGAGACCUGUGGAACAGCCCUUUCUGGCACUUUGGGCCUCCCGCGGCCAGCGGCUCCCCUGGAGCUCCUUCCUUCGCUUCACGGGCGUGCAUCGUGGCAUGAUCCUUUGACCAUACCCGGAGGUCUGUGCUGGUGUGCUGGCAUAGAGCAGUCAUCAAGCCUUUUGAAUGGCUCCUGCAUUGCUGGCAAUGACACAGCUCCUGCAGAGCACUUUGCUCUGGACGUUGGUCGUGUCACUGUCCUCGGCGCUGCGCCCCUCACUCAGCAUCGGACUUGCAUUGCAGGGCUGCCUUGCCACAUCCAUGGCAUUACCGGCCACGGAUUGACAGACGAUGACAAGGUGCUUGUUCUUCACACAUGUGGCAAUGUGGCUCAUGUUAGCGGAUUUCCAGGUUAUGGUGCAAUGCGAUAUACAUCAGCAUCUGGAGCAUCAGUGUUCUGGGCUUCUCCAGUCACAGCUCUUGGGGGGCAGUAUCGCUUAUGCUGGUGUUCCUCUGGUCAGCAUUGCAGCAGUGGCGAGCAGUUCCGCACGGAUUUUGGUAGCUUCACACUCGUGGGGCCCAGCGGGUCCAACCAGGACAGGACGUGCAUCGCUGGACUCAGUUGUGCAGUGGAGGGCAUUGCAGGGCAAGAUUUGUCUGUCCAAAAUCAGUACGCUGUGUUGGACACCUGCGGAGUCGCAAGUCCCAUAGCGGGCAUGCCGCCGCUGGAGACCACUUUCCACAAUGCCGCUGUUGCCUCUGUUACUGUGACAGCCGUGGCUGGUCAAUAUAGGCUCUGCUGGUGUAGUGGCCUGCUGGACCAAACACCACUUGGGUCGAAUUCGACCGAUAACCAAUCGAACGGCUCCGGCUACCAGUCUUUCCUCCCGUGGAACAUGAGCCUUGUCAAUUUGACUUCAUCCAACGACACCGCCUUGCCGUGUCGAACCGCUGAGGAGUUUCGGAUGGAUGUCGGCGCGUUGCUUCUCAUUGGAGCGACCACGUUAGUAAGUGACUUCACAUGUGUGUCUGGUAGAGAUUGCGAGCUUGAUCACAUAGUUGGCAUCAGCUUGAGUGAUGGGGACGCCAUCGUUGUGCUUGAUACGUGUGGACGACCCGGUGCUCCAUUGCAGCCUCGAGCUCUUGCCAACGGCACGCAUGCUGCCUGGCAGACCAUCACAACACCAGGGGGCAUAUACCGAUUGUGCUGGUGCAGUGCAUCCAAGCAGUGUCACUGGGCCGAAGAUUUCGAUCUAGACAUUGGAAGGCUCUUCGUCUUGGGUCCACGGCCUCUGUCACAAGACCGGACUUGUGUUAGUGGCAUGGAGUGUGCGGUGAAUGGUAUUGAGAGUUAUGGUAUGCUGCAGGCAGGCAGCAUUGCGAUUCUCAGCACCUGUGGCCUUGUUGAUGGAGCGGACAUAUGGGCUGGGCUUUCUGUGAGCUUUGCAUCACAGCAGCAGCCGGCAAGUAGUGUUUUCUCGGCAAGUUUGGUGACCGACGUUGAAAUGACGGCUGCCGGCGGCAAGUACAAGCUCUGCUGGUGUGGCUCCUGGGCUGGCGGCUGCGACAGAUCUGAGGACUUUAAGGUCGAGUUCGGCAACUUCUUUCUGGUGGGAGUCUCCCCUCUUCACCAAGACCGGACCUGCUUCGCUGGCGCUGCUUGUGUCUUGGCGGACAUCUCCGGCCAUGGUAUUGCUGCAGAAUCUUCGGUUCUGGUGCUGGAGACCUGUGGUGUUGGUCGGGCAACGCUCAUGAGGUCGUCUUGGGACGAAGCUUCCGUCUCUGCCAGUGGCUCGGUGACCUCGUGGCCCAUGCGGCCCUCCUCUGGCCCAGGAGGUCAGUAUCGCUUGUGCUGGUGCUCCCGGCAACCCUGCAGCGUGCGUGAUGCAUUAGUGGAUUUUGGCCAGUUGACCUUGGUGGGCCCGGAACCCCUGUAUCAGCAUCGGACGUGUGUGAGCGGGCUUACAUGCGAGUUGAGCGGAAUAACGGGGACUUUCUGGAGUGGAGACAUCUGGGUGCUAGACACUUGUGGGGCGCGAAGUGGCUUGAUUGGAGGAUUUGCGAUGGACGGUCGUUCUCCCAUCUCCAUGCCUGAAGGCAUUGCCAGCUUCGACUAUCCGGUUUCAGCCGCAGGCGGACAGUAUCGACUUUGCUGGUGUUCAGAUGGUUUCUUCAAUCACAGCAACUGGACAGAUGAUCUGUCUCGACGCGGCUGCAGCUUUGCCCCGGAGUUUGUUCUGGACAUCGGAGAGUUGCUGCUGGUUGGAGUGUCACCACUUACGCAAGACCGAACAUGCGUUGCUGGGCAACGCUGCCAGCUUUCAGACUUGCGGGGAUUUGGCCUGUCUGCUCUGGACACGGUAGCUGUCCUCGACACCUGUGGGCAGCAGGCUUUGCAACGCUGGCCAGCGGAGCCCACGAUGCUCGAAACAGAUGGCAAGCUCAGCGUAUCUUGGAGCUUCGUCUCAACAGCAGGCGGCCAGUAUCGGCUGUGUUGGUGUCCUGGAUUGUCUUGGACCUCGGGGGAAAUAGACGAUGAUUUCGAUCCCUGGGCUUCGAAUGACACUUGGAACGGGAGUGGGACCCCGGUGCAAAGCUUCCAGAGAAGAUGUUCUUCCACGGAGUCUAUGAUUGUGGACUUUGGUGCAUUGACACUUCUAGGUCCAACUCCCUUAUUCCAGCACUACACAUGUGUCAGUGGCCAACCCUGUGAAUUGGAGCAUGUGGAGGGUCUUCACCUGCAGGAGGGAGAUCGUAUCCAACUUCUGGAGACCUGUGCAGUGAGUGCGCAGGGCGUGGUGCCGUCGCGCAUGCCUGCAGGAGGUCUGCUACGGGCCUCUGCUCGUGGCAACAACAGUCUUACUUUCCCCCUCGGCGAGACGGAUGUACCGAUCUCUGCGGUUGGAGGGACUUAUCGCCUUUGCUGGUGCUCGGCCGACGUCGACUGCAGGGCCUUGGAGUCUUUUCGGUUGGAUAUCGGACAGCUGACGGUGCUGGGUGCAAGCUCAAGCAGUUUCACAUGUGUCAGCGGUAGGAGGUGUCGUAUUGACGGAGUCGCAGGACUUUUUGCAAGCUCGGCCUUUAUGGUGCUUGACACUUGUGGCACGGGCACUUCGAUUGACGAGGGGCAGAUGAUUCAAAGCUCUGGUAGCACGUCCGGGGUGUCGGGAGUGCCAAGUGCCUCUGGUGGGCAGUACAGGCUCUGUUGGUGUGGCUCUUCCGAACAGACCUGGAUCCAAGGGGACAACGACAGCAACUCUUCAGUCAGUGCGUUGCGAAAUCUAGGUUGCGCGACAUCGAAAGACUUCCAAAUUGAUGCUGGCGAGAUUCAUCUGGUCGGACCGGUUCUGGGUCAAGCACGCACGUGCAUGGGGGGUCAGUUGUGCCGCAUUGAAGGGCUUGUUGGCUACGGCUUGGCCCCGAGUGAUCGGCUGCUUGUCAUGAACAGCUGCGGCAGCGUUUCUGCUCUGCCUGCAGGAUUUCCUGGCACAGGUACGGCCUUAGUUCCAACGAACAGAACGCUGGCAACCAAUAUUUCAGACUUCUGGAACACCGUUGUGACUGCAGCCGGGGGCACGUAUCGUUUAUGCUGGUGCAGUGAGCUAGAUGCUAGCUGCUCAGCAUCUCAAGACUUUUCGGUGGAUGUCGGUGACUUUACAUUGCUUGGUCCACAGCCCUUGGAGCAACACCGAACUUGCAUCAGCGGCCGGGCCUGCUUUCUGGCGGCCUCGCCGGAUCAUGGUCUGGAGGGGCUUGGAGUUGACCCGACGGAUGGCCUAUUGGCAAUUCCGCUCGCAUCCACCUGCGGGACUCUUGGCGCGAGGAGUAUCGCCGGCACAACCUCCUACCUUUCUGUGCCCAGCGGCUCCUCACCGGUAACCGUUGUACAGGCGGUGCCUCGCAUGAGUGAGCCCGGUGGCCUAUAUCGGCUUUGUUGGUGCAGCUCUCAGGCUUUGUCCUGCACACAGGCGCAGCAUCAUUCUGUUCAGGUAGGCCUUCUGACCGUCCUUGGCCCUGCCCCUUUGAAGCAGGAUCGAACCUGCAUAUCAGGGACUAGCUGCAUGGUGGACCUCCAGGGAUCAUUUGUCGAUGCAGCAGUAGCUGGGAUGCUGAUGGUGCUGGAAACAUGCGGCCUUCCAGCUCUGCUGCCACGCUUCCUUCCAGAUGGUGUAGUGCCACUUCCUGGAGGGACAGAAGCAAACAGGUCGGCAAACAUGUCGGCAUUGCAAAUCAGUGCCGCUGGUGGGCUUUACCGCAUGUGCUGGUGUGCACACGCGGCGUCGUCUCUUCUUAAUGAGUCUCUUGCAUAUGAUUCGGGUCUUCGCCUCGAAGCUUGCAGCGAGCCUUCGGACUUUGUUGUGGACGUCGCGGCCUCAGGCGGCAAGAAUGUCUCCACCCGGGAAGCACAAUUUGACAAGCAUCCGAGGUGUGUGGUGGAUGGGAUCAGCGGACGGCACCUCACGUUUGACGACAAGCUCCUCCUGCUAGAAACAUGUGAUGCUCGUGGGGACCGAGGAUCGGGGAUGGCAGUGGCCGAUUCGCUCGUCGCCACCGAUACCUUCUCCACGAUGAUCUUCUCCUGGGGCUCGAAGAAGCUCAGCCUAGCUGGCGGACAGUACCGACUUUGCUGGUGCUCUACAGCGGCGGCUUCAGCGAAUGUACCCUUGAACAUCUCAGAGCAAUCAAACAGAACUGCCUGUACCACGGCCGAAAGCUUCCAGGUGGACGGAGGCCGCAUGACAAUCAUCGGUGUGGCCCCGCUGGGGCAAGAUCGGACAUGCUUGUCGGGGCAGACGUGCAUGAUCGACGGCAUUUCAGGUCAGCACCUCUCAGAUCGCGACCUGUGGUUGCCCUUGGAGACCUGCGGAGUGCCGGAUCAGAUCAUCUCACCAGCCGGGCGACUUGUUACGACGGUGUCGCUUUCAGGCAGCUUCGUUUCAUGGGGUAACCAUGCUCUCACACUGGCAAGCGGGCAGUACCGCCUCUGUUGGUGCUCGGGUGAUGCGCCUUGCAGUACAUCUUCUCAGUUUUCCAUAGAUGCUGGAGAGUUCCACGUUGUUGGGCCGUCUCCACUGCAGUCCCACACCUGCGUGUCGGGGCAAACUUGUGUUGUCAAGGACGUAGUGGGCACGGGAUGGGAAGCCACGGAUCAGUUCUUGGUAAUGGAGACCUGUGGGCACAGCCAGGCCUGGGAAACAUGUCAAUGUGAAGUUAAAGCCACCACCGGACUGAGUUCGACGGGGCGUGUUGCUGCCUUGAGCGAAACCUACGCGACAGUGACCUGGAGUUCAGCCCGUGUUCUCGCACUGGGCGGCAGUUAUCGGCUGUGUUGGUGUCCGGGCGUGAUCGUAUCAAGUGGUGCCAACAGCUCGCGCGACUGUGUUGCGACGGAGUUCGCUGCAGAUGCCGGCGAGCUCUUCGUCCUUGGCCCCACCAGGAGGCAAGAGUGGACUUGCAUCUCUGGUCAAGCAUGCUCAGUCUCUGGGCUAGAUGCCGGUGCGGCAACUGGUGACUUUGGUCAGCUGGUAGUGCUCGAGACUUGCGGCGUUGGAGGCAUCCUGCCCCGCUGGUCUGAAUCAGGUCGUUUGGCACCACAUUUGGUCGCGACCGGCUCUGUCACUUCUGGUGUUGUGGUGUCUGCAAAAGGCGGCCGAUAUCGUCUCUGUUGGUGUGCUUCAUUGCAAAAUCCAGCAGCACACUGCUCAGAAGGUCCGGCCAACGCAUCUUGCGAGCUCUACACCAGCAACGGUACCGGAAACUUAAGCUUGCCUUGUCAAGCUGCACAGGAUUUUUCUGUCGACCUGGGCAGCAUGGAUGUGCAGGGCCCGAGCCCACUCGACCAGCACAUGACCUGCUUCAGCGGCCAAGCCUGCCAGUUCCAUCAUCUUACCGGCUACUAUCUGGAUAGCCUCAGCAGGCUCGUGAUCCUCGAUACUUGUGGUGCCAACGCGUUGCCAUCCCGACUGAAGCAGGAAGGUUUCAUGAGUGGUGGUGUCUGGGCAUCCGCCGAGAUAACUUCGCCCGGAGGAGUUUACAGGCUUUGUUGGUGCAGGGAGUCGAACUCCACUUGGCAGAGCUGCCUGCUGCCUGAGCAUUUCCUGACCGACGCUGGCACCCUGACAGUCGUUGGGCUGAGCCCGCUGAGUCAGGAUCGUACCUGCAUCAGCGGCCGCAAGUGCACCCUUGACAGUCUGGAAGGAGUCGGCUUGGAAGAUGCAUCUUUUAAGGUGCUCAUCAUGAACACUUGUGGGCGGGAUGACGCAGUGCCAAAGUGGGCCCAUGCCGCAGACUUGUGGGCAAAGCGGCCCGGCUUUGCUUCGUGGCUGGACCUGGCCGUCACGGCUGUUGGGGGUUACUAUCGCUUGUGCUGGUGCUCACAUACGAAUCACACAUCGGAACGCCAAUGUCUGCGAUCCUCUCACUUCGAGGUAGAUGCAGGUGGCCUCCUCCUUGUGGGCCCGACGUCCCUCGAGCAGGACAGAACAUGCAUCAGCGGGCAGACUUGCGUCUUGGAGUCGCUGCUCGGAGUUGGAUGGACGGCUUCAGAUGUAAUAGCUAUACACUCCACUUGUGGCGCCUUACAUGAAGAAGGGGUGCCAGCGAGGUUCAUUCAAGAAAGCCCACGCCUGUCAGAGGCAGGUGGAAGCUGGACGGCAAGCUGGGAUUCAGUACGUAGUUCUUCUGCAGGAGGUCAGUAUAGACUAUGCUGGCAUGUGGGAACGGAGCUGAAUGGAACAGCGGUGGCUGCAGAUGUGGAAGGUUGGAUAGACAUGGGUGCCUUCACACUUGUCGGACCAUCUACCGACGCUUCUCGAACAUGCCUCAGCGGACAAACCUGCCGAGUAGAUGGCUUGCUGGGAUACCACUUGGAUACCAACGACUCAUUCAUUGUGAUGGAGACAUGUGGAGUUACGCAAAUUGUUCCCAAAUUUGCAAUCGGCGGGCAGUUCGAUAGGGUGCAAGCCAGCGGGGCCGCGGUGUCUUGGGGUGCAGCACUGAACUCUGCUGCUGGUGGCCAGUACAGACUGUGCUGGUGUGGAGCGCUGAGCGAUUGCAGUGACCCUGAGUAUUUUGGCGUCGAUGUUGGCGAGCUUCACGUUUAUGGCCCAGCCCCUUUGUCGCAAGAUCGAACAUGUGUGAGUGGGAGGACAUGUUCCUUCGUUGGCCACGUUUAUGGUGAGCACACAUGGUCCAUGUCAAUCAUGGACACCUGUGGGCUAGACCGUGAUCCACCGCAAAGAACUGCUGCGGUGGCCGCUACGGGAAGUGUCACUUCAGUGACGUUCGAUUCUUUGACAUCCGCAGGCGGCGUCUACAGGCUUUGCUGGUGUGCUGGGAGGACCUGCUCUACCUCAGAGUCAUUUGCAGUCGAUGCGGGGAAGCUGGAGCUUGUUGGAGUUUCUCGUACGCAAGAUAGAACAUGCAUUUCUGGGCGAACUUGUGAGAUUGAUGGGAUUCGUGGCUACCAUAUCUCGAACCACGACUACCUCCAGAUUCUAGAGACCUGUGGAGAAGCGGGCUCACAUCCGUAUUUGCCCAGACAGCAGCUGUCGGUUCAGGGCGGAAGUGCUCGUGCCAUCUGGCCAGUCGUGCCUGUGGCUGCUUAUGGAGGCCAGUACAGAAUCUGCUGGUGCAGUGGCGAGGGGGCGGACUCCUACGAAGGAAACUCUUCGCAUGACUGUGCAUCCUCGCAAGACUUCGCCGUAGAGGUGGGGAAUCUCCUGGUCCUCGGCCCUAGCUUUCCAGAACAGAUGAGAACUUGCGUCAGUGGCCAUUCAUGCAGGCUCACGGGUCUCUUGGGCGAGAGCUUUGCUGGUGGAUCCGAAAUCCUGGUAGCGGAGACAUGUGGAACCGCUGCCGUCAUUCCAGGGUUUGCCCAGGCAAGGCAAACUCUUCAGCAAAACCUCCUUUUGGAAGUUGCGUGGGCCACGGUAACUGCAGCCGGAGGCCAAUAUCGUCUCUGCUGGUGUUGGCCCCUCGAACGCUACAAUGCUUCUGGCGCUGGGGCUGGCGAGUGCGAGGUGGCCUCGAAGUUUCGCAUUGACCUGGGCACGCUGACGCUGUUGGGUCCGCUGAGAGAUCAAGACCGGACCUGCUCUUCCGGCCUCAGCUGCUUCAUUGAUGGCAUCUUGGGGGAAGGGCUGCUGGACACGGACAAUGUGCUGGUCUUGGAGACCUGCGGAAUCAACCAGGUGGUGCCACGAUUUCCCGGCGCUGGGGUGUUCACCAACAUCUCUCGAAGUGGUGCAAGCAUCAGCUGGGGAGCUGCCCGGAAUACUGCUGCAGGAGGAAGCUACCGACUUUGCUGGUGCUCACAAAAUGCAUGUAGUACACCCACAGACUUCCAGGUGGACUUUGGAUCGCUUCUCCUACUCGGAGUCGCGCCUUUGGAUCAAACGUUGACCUGUGUGGCGGGAAGGGCGUGCCCAUCCUCGUGGUCUUUCGGAGUCUCUGGGGUCUCGUCUUCAACCUUCGGAACGGCGAUAGCUCUAGAGACCUGUGGAGCGGAGAGGGCCCUUGCCCCGCCAAGAAUGCCAAGCAACAUCACCGGAGUUGAGAUCCUUGAGAGGUCAGCUGCUGGGAAGUGGAGGCUCUGUUGGUGCGCCUCGGGUCUGACGAACGACUCAGUGUCAAACCGAACGGUAUGUGAAACCAUGCUGGAUUACAUUGUCGACAUCGGGGAGCUGUCGAUCCUGGGACCGCUGCCAACGAGCGGUCACACCUGCGUGACCGGCCUUCCUUGCCUCGCAGAUGGCCUCCUGGGCUUGGGUUUAUCCCCCAAUGAUUCGUUCGUGAUACUUUCAACUUGUGGGACCGAGACCACGCCGAUGCGCUUUCAGAAUGCUGCGUUUGCUACGUUUGAUUCCGCGACGGGCACGCUCCACUGGGACGGAAACGCCUCCUUCACGGCCUUGACUGCUGCAGGUGGACAGUAUCGUCUCUGUUGGUGUCACCCUGUGUCGGAUGUUGACUGCCUGGCGUCAGUUGACUUCAGGUAUGAUGUCGGAAGCUUUGCAAUCUUGGGUCCGGCGCCCUUGGAGCAGCAUAGAACUUGCAUUAGCGGAGCGGCGUGUGCGCUGGAGGGACUCACAGGUAACUUGCUGUCAGAUGCUGAUGCAGUGAUGGUGAUGCAGAGCUGUGGCUCCAAGAACGGCGCUGGCAUUGGCUUUUCAGCCUCGGGGCUUGGAAAUUCUUCUUUGAUCCUGACAGCCAGCGGUGGCUCAUACCGAAUUUGUUGGUGUACUCCACCUGCCAGAGCGUUUGUGGCUGGUUUGCCUUCCUUUGCCUGGCAGGACAGGGACGGCUGCAACCUGGCAGAAGACUUUCUGGUCGAUAUUGGCGCUUUUACCGUUCUGGGCCCUCUACGCGACCAUGCGAGGACCUGUGUCGCCGGUGCCAUUUGCAGUAGCGCCAUCCAAGGGCUUGGUCUUUCGUUGGAUUACCGCUUGCAGAUUCUUGACACUUGUUCGGGAUCAGGGCAGGUGGCAGAAGUCGAGACAAGAAACAAUACGGCGCCUUUGUGGUUUGACAAGAUCUCAUCUGCGGGUGGAGCCUAUCGACUUUGCUGGUGUGCCCUCCAGGCCUGCAAUGAGAUGGUGGACAUCGGGACCGUCUUCCUCCUUGGAGUAACACCGCUGCAACAGGACAGGACGUGUGUCGCGGGGCAAGCAUGCAGGCUCGAUGGGGUGUCUAGCUAUGGAGAACUAGAUGCUAGCCAUCUGAUGAUCCUACAGACUUGCAAUGUGUUUGAUGGGCUUGGCAUUGCAGACGUGCAUGCCGUAGCAGACACUGCGGUGGCACGCGGCAAUUUCAGCAACGCUUCUGGGGAGAUGCCGGCUGUCCAAAGCAAAGCCUGGUUCCUGGAAGAGGUGACUCUACCUGGUGGGGGCUACCGCCUGUGCUGGUGUGGAUCCAUGGCUGCCGCGGGUGCAGCGAACGACACGGGCGGCCCUGGCAACCUGACGGCUUCUGACUGCAGGGUGAUUCCAGGGUCUCAGGUGGACUUCGGGGAACUCUUGGUACUUGGUCCGUCCAAUAUUGUUGAGCUGACCUGUGUGAGUGGGCAAGCCUGUGUCGUGGAUGGGCUGCUCGGUCAGCACCUCUCGACAGGCGACUUCAUCACCAUUCUGGAUACUUGCGGUGUGCCGAGUCCAGAUCUCGAUGGCUUCCCCCGGAACGGCUUGGCAGUGAGCAUUGCUGCAAGUGGCAGCGCAGCAAACUGGGGUCUUCAAACUCCACUUACGGGCCAAGGAGGGUCCUACAGGUUGUGCUGGUGCGCGGCUGGCUUUUCAUGCUCCAGCUCCGCAGACUUUGCUGUUGAACUGGGAUCGCUCUCCUUGCGGGGGCCCAUCCCUCUUGGCCAGGACAGGACCUGCGUGGCCGGUUUCAGCUGCAACAUCGCUUUCGAUGGUAUGGACAUGAGCCCAUACGUGGUGGAGGCAGUCAGCUCCGUUCGCCUCGCCCUCCUCCCUUCAAACGUGCUCUCUGCGGGACUCGCGGUUGUGGAUGUGCACUACGCGAGUGCUUCCGCACAUUUGCAUGUUCCGAACAUGAGUGAUGUCAGCUUGGCAGCCUCCUGCAGCAUGGCGAAUACGGGCUCCUUUCUGUCUGCAGGGCAAGCGUUGCUUUGGUAUUCGUGCUCCUGGCAGCCAGCAGUUACUGCCUCUCAGUGGUUUGUUUCGCUACAGUCUGACGCAACACUGCAGAUAUUUGAGGUUCAGUUCCUGGGCCGAAAUGGAUGGACCACAAUUUCUGACGCCGUCGGUGUCCACGGGGAUGCAGGCAAGUUGUCAGAUGGAUUGCUUUCGAAUUGGGUGCUGGCAGACUCAGGGCAUCCUAUUCAGCUCAUCUUUACAGCCUUACAGCCAGACACCAUAGUCAUUGCCGACACCUGUGCCACGAGCUCGUCACCUUGGGGUCCUGUUGCUCUCAGUCCAUAUGCUGCGGACGUUUUGACCGUCCAGGGUGGACUGUAUAGAAUGUGUUGGUGUGCGCGGGGUUUCGGGUGCAGCUUCAAGGAAGACUUUGCCGUGGAUGCGGGACUGUUGACCGUCGUGGGUCCCAAGACGGUGCACAACACUUGCAUUGGAGGGCACUCCUGCUUUGUGGAACUUGACGGUCAAUAUCUGUCCGAUGACAAUCAGAUUUUAGUCCUCCACACAUGUGCAUUGGAAGAUGCACAUGCUUGGAAGCUGACUGACCUCGGCGAGCUUUGGGUACUUGGAGUAGCACCUCUUUUCCAAGCCCACACUUGCGUCAGUGGUCAGACCUGUGUCGUUGAUCACCUGACUGGUUUGGGCUUGUCGAAGGAUCAGGUCAUGAUACUAGACACUUGCGGUACCCAAGCCUUGCUGUACAGGGGCCUUGAUGCCAGUGAGCUUGUCAACGGAAGCAGCACCAUCCUUACCUGGGCAAGCGAGUUGACAGCGCCGGGUGGUCAAUACAGGCUGUGUUGGUGCAGCACCCAAUAUGCACAAGAUGCCUGUGCCACUGCAUCAGAUUAUCAGGUUGACUUUGGUCGGUUCACCAUCGUUGGACCCUCGCCACUGCAGCAAACGUGGACAUGCAUUGCUGGUCAAUCAUGCCGAAUUGAUGGCAGCACUGGUUUUGGAACUGGGCUUCCAACUGAGAUUGUGAUCAUGGACACUUGCGGUGCCCCGGACAGCCAGAUCGUGUUCCACAGCGCACCUAUCGGGGGCUUGUCCAGCUCGUGGGAAAGCUCACUGUUGUCCAUUCCUGCUGCUUCCUACCGUCUUUGCUGGUGUGCAGUCGCAUCAUAUCCGUGUACGAUGGCCGAGAGUUACAGGGUGGACUUUGGCGGGCUGCUGGUGCUUGGCCCUUCUCCGCUCAUGCAAGAUCGGACAUGCGUGUCUGGCAGCAGGUGCGAAGUUGAUGGUUUCCUGGGCCUAGGCUUGUCCAGUUCAGAUCUUGUGGUUAUACAGGACACAUGUGCAGACCACCGUUCGCGAAUGGGCCUGCCAGCAGGUGGGUCCCUGAUUUCGCUGAUGCCAGCAGCUGGGAGCGCAUAUGUGUCGGCGGAGAGUGUCAGGAGCAGUAACGGCACCAUGACGUUCAACACUCUCACGGCAGCAGCAGGCCAGUACAGGCUUUGCUGGACGAGCUGGAUGGCCCUUCAGGUUGAAAUGUUUGGUAACAGCAGCGAAAAUCUUAGUAUCAAGGAAGCAGUGAAUUUCCUAGGCGGCUGCAAUGACACACUUGGCGGGAACAGGACUUGUGCACUGCCUCAGAUGCCUGGCCGUUUGAUUCUACCUACUGGCAUGAUUGACAUUGGAAGGCUCACGCUGAUGGGUCCCACUCCCCUGGAUCAGAUGCACACGUGUGUCAGCGGACAACGCUGCAGUUUCGGGGGCAUCACCGGGAUGCAUUUGGAUGUUGGGGACCAGAUUGCUGUGAUGGACACCUGUGGACUGCCCGGCAGAAUGGACGAGUCAUCUCCGGUCCGACCCUUUGCUUCCUGGGUCGACUUUGGAGUCACUACGCUUCCCGGUGCCACUUACCGGCUUUGCUGGUGCAGCGCAGCAGCAGGCUGCAGCUCAGCGGAAGACUUUCUCGUGGACUUCGGCAGGCUGUCCAUGCUUGGCCCCGCACAGUCUGAGCAAUUCACUUGCGUGUCGGGGCGCCUGUGCACCGUGAAAGGCUUGCUUGGAAGAAGCUUCUCCAGCCUAGAUCGCUUGGCGAUUUUUGACACCUGUGGACUUCCUCCAGGCAGCGGCGGCGGCAGCCUGCCUCCGAUCCAAGGAGGGCCAACACCCCUGGUGCCACGAAUUCCUUCAGACGGCACGGGAUUUGCGACCUCAAGUGGAGCUGCAGUUCAGUGGGAUGGGAAAUUCACUGCCUUUGGUGGAUCAUAUCGCUUGUGCUGGUGUGCUGGAUCUCCAACAGGCGCCUUUGACAACCCAGCCCAGGAUGCCUUGGACACCCUUUGGAGUGGGCUUGCUGGGGCACCAAGCCUUUCGAAUGCAAGCAAUCUCUCCAGUCGUCGACUCGCCGGCUCCAUGGUGUUUACCAACUCGAGCAAUGUCUCCAACCUGACGGAUCCGGGCUUCCUCUGUCAGCAGGCCUCGCAGUUCCGGGUGGAUGUUGGAGAGCUGCUGCUGAUCGGGCCCUCGCGGCUUCCAGCGGCCACCUGCGUCAGCGGCCAGACUUGUGUGAUCGAUGUUGUCACGCAGCCUUCAGAAGAUUUCAUUCUAAUGGACACCUGUGGUGAGUCUGUCUCAAGCCUUGGAGGACCGGCUGUGAGCUCUUCCGUGGUGUCUUGGGGCCCACAAGUGCUUGUAGGCGCUGGUGGAACCUAUCGACUGUGUUGGUGCUGGAAAGAUGCUGCCGUGACUACCAAUUCCUCCAAUGCCACUGGAGGCUCAUCACAAGUUUCAGCUCCUGGCAUUCGAGUCGACGUGAAUGCAUCAAACACAUCAAACGUGUCCCGGGCUUCCCACGAGCCAUGUCGGCAGAUACAAGACUAUGCGGUUGAAGUAGGGCCAGUGCUUCUGCUGGGUCCAUCGCCACUGCAACAAGAUCGAACUUGCGUGAGUGGGCAUACCUGCGCAGUGGAAGGGAUAGUUGGCACCGAGCUGGAAGAUCUUCUGGUUCAAGACACUUGUGGCAGUCCCUCCUCUUUGAUGUUGCCUGUGAACUACAGCUCCGUCGAUCAUCGAUGGCAGCUACCAGUUCUGACACAGCAAGGUGGCACAUACAGGCUUUGCUGGUGCUCGGGGAUGUUCUCAUGCCGCUUGGAAGACUUCCGUGUUGAUUUUGGCACCUUACACUUGCUUGGUCCGUUGCCUCUAUCUCAGCACCGGACCUGCAUUAGCGGAUGUCCCUGUACCGUGGACAGACUCGAGGUUUAUCCGCCAGAGCUCGCAGGAAUGUCUCUUCAAGUUCAACAAACUUGCGCAUCCAUGCAACUUCUGGACGGAUUCCCGACCGAUGCAGCUGGGAUAGACACGUCAACACGCUCUGCAACUUGGUCAGAGAUCACGGCUUCCGGUGGCAUCUACAGCUUGUGUUGGCAUGUGGAGCCUGAUGCAGGGGUCACAAAUUUCACUGGAAAUGGUUCGCUGCAACAGUCGGGAAACGAGAACCACAGCCUUCGAAAUAGCCUGCCUGAAGACCACUCGGUGUUCAUGGGCCAGCUCCUUCUCAUUGGCCCGGCUCGGGAUCAUGAAGUGACAUGCAUCAGCGGAGGCCGCUGUGCUGUGAGGGUUCGUGGACUUCAUCUCUCCGACUCAGACUUCAUGGCAGUUCUGGACACCUGUGGUGUCAGCACAUCGUCGCAGCAGCUCGCCGCGGUACAGCAGUUGAAAUUCACGGGUGCACAGGCCGUGCUUGUGGAUUGGCCCAGCGCCUCCAUGAAGAUUGAUGGUGGCCAAUAUCGCAUGUGCUGGUGCUCCGGGCUAGCGCUGGCGCAAACAGCCAGGGCCAACGUCUCCAACACAUCGCAGCCCUCGCCCUGCGACUCAGCUCAGUCCUUCCGGGUAGAUGCUGGGAGCCUCUCUCUGCGUGGCCCGAGACCCGUUCUUCGGACGUGUCUUGUGGGAAGAUGUCUUGUCACAGGGCUGGAUGGCUUUGCUUUGAGUCCGUCAGACCAGCUGCUACUUCUGGAGACUUGUGGCAGUCCUCGAGUUGCCGAUGGCGGCCUCUCACAGAGCCUCCACGAGGAGAUGUCUGUCGCGUUCACAAUCAGUAGGGCCGGCAGCUACCGCCUGUGCUGGUGUGGUGCAAAGCCUUGGAGUCCGAAUACGACGGCAUGCUCAAGCCCAUUCGAGUUCACGGUGGAUGCCGGCGAAGUUUUGGUGUUGGGACCACUGCCGUCACAGUUCAGGACUUGCGUGAGUGGACUGCGCUGCACGUUGGAGGGUCUGCUCGGCACUGGACUUGACGAAGACGAUCGUGUGCUGGUUAUGGACACCUGCGGCAGUCCCAACGUGGUACCCCUGUUUCCAGCAGCAGGUCUUUCUCACGAAGUUGGUAGCAGUGGGGCUUACGUGUCCUGGGGAAAUGCCGUGGUCACCUCGAAGGGAGGAGCAUAUCGACUGUGCUGGUGUAGUCGAGACUUGAACACCAGCUAUUCGGAAAAUGCGUCUGACCCAGAAUGUAGCUUGCCGAGUGCAUUUGGAGUCGACUUCGGCACGCUUGUGCUGCGGGGACCUGCAGAUCUUGCAAAGCCACUUUCCUGCAUCUCGGGUGAUGAUUGUGUCAUGCAGCCUGUUUCAGGCAUGUACACCAGCGAACUGGAUUGGGUUCGUGUGCUGGACACAUGCGGCAUCGAUGCACAGCAGCCUGCAUACCAAGCGGACAUCUCGCUGCAAGUUCUGUCUGUGGCAUAUGCGAGAUCAAAUGUCAGUGCUGAUGUCAACGUGACUGAUGGCCUAGUGCUUGGAGUCAAGAACCAGUCAAGCGUGAUGAUUCCAGCUGCAGGCGUUCCUGCUGCCGGUGGCCAGUACCGGCUCUGUUGGUGUGGUCAUGAGUCGAACUGCCUAGCCGCUUCCAGCUAUCGGGUGGACUUCGGCAGCAUAUCAUUGACUGGGCCGUUGCAGGGACAAUCUCGGACAUGCGUCAGUGGUCACUCUUGCGUAGUCAGUUCCAUUCUUGGAUACGGCCUUUCGAACGAGACUAGUUUCCUUGUGAUGGACACUUGCGGUCAGUCUGGUGCUGUCCAGGGCGCAUUUAGCAGUCCCGGAGUUUUGUCGUCUGGAGCAGCCGUGCAAUGGUCGGCUGAGCCAGUAGCAGGUGGAUUGUACCGUCUGUGCUGGUGUGGAGCUGCCAUGAACUCGGCGAAUGCCACACAAGGUCGAUGUGAUUCUAGCUGGAGCUUCAAAGUUGAUUUCGGCGAUUUGAUCGUGCGAGGCCCGUCGCCGUUGUCGCAGACCUUUACAUGCAUUGCAGGACAGCCGUGUCGCUUCGACGGAGUCAGGGGUCAGGAUAUGUCCUUUGACGACCAGUACUUGGUGCUGGACACUUGCAGUCGCAACAGGCUGGCCACGGAUGUCCUCGAUGUUCGUAUUGCAUUUUCUGAGCAGCCUUUCAAUUCGUCACUCCAAAGUGAAGGGGUGGUGUUAGUUCCUGGGGGUCAGUACAGAUUAUGUUGGUGUGGACGGGCCGGCACUCAGAACCUGUCGCACCAUCUCUCUUGCAAUCUUCCGACCGACUACCUUGUGGACUUUGCAAGUAUUUCCGUGAUUGGACCCUCUUCCUUUGAUCAGGACAAAACUUGCAUUGCUGGAAUGAGCUGCGCAGUUCGAAACAUAGAGGGCUACUAUACUUCCAGCGGUGAUGCACUGAUGGUGGCCGCCACAUGUGGCCAGAGUGAUGCAUUGAUCAGUGGACUUUCCAGGUCUGGACUCAUGCUGCCAGAUGCGCAGGUCAAUUCGACUUUCCGUUGGCUCUUGACAUCUACAUCUGCACAAGGGGGUCAAUAUCGUCUGUGCUGGUGUGCUGAUGGCCAGGUGUGUUCAACCAUGGAGCACUUCAGAGUUGAUGUGGGCGCUUUUUCUCUUCUGGGGCCUGUGCCGAGCCAGCAAGCAUUCACAUGCAUGGCUGGUCUUGGGUGUGACAUCGACCCCAUUACGGGCUUUCACUUGAACGAGAACAGGCUGGUCGUGUUGGAGACCUGUGGCUCGGAGAGAGGUGUUCUACGCAUCCCCAACAGUGGCUUGUCCGUGUCUUCUGGUGGUGCAGCCACCUGGGGCCCUUUGCCUCUCACUGCUGCAGGGGGGCAGUACCGCCUUUGCUGGUGCGCAGACCUCGUCAUGAAGCCGCUCAAUGAGUCACACAACACCUCAAGGGGCUGCCGCAUCUUUUCAGAUUAUACAUACGACAUCGGCAGCCUCAGCAUUCUUGGGCCAGCGCCACUUUUGCAGAGCCGGACAUGUGUUAGCGGCCAACACUGUCAGCUUGAUGGCUUCACUGGGCACGGUCUCAGCAACCUGGACAAACUUCUGGUUUUGGACACUUGCGGUGAACCCACCGCCGUGGUGCCAAAAUGGAGCUUGGCUGGUGGCAGUGUGGAGACAACUAGCAGCGGCACAGCUGCCUCAUGGCAAGCCAUCGUGAGCGCUGCUGGUGGACAGUACCGCUUGUGCUGGUGUGCGACCGUGCCCAUCAAUGACACACGCGCAGGCCAGUUUUGCACACAUGCUGGAGAUUUCGCAGUGGACAUGGGUGCCAUGUGGCUGCUGGGUCCGACACCGCUGUUGCAAGACCGGACGUGCAUCAGCGGGCAGACUUGCUCAUCGAGGGGCAUGGUCGCUACGACAGGUGGUGGCGUGUUUCUGUCAGGUCGAAUCCACGUGCUUGACACAUGUGGACAGGUCGGAUUCUUGGAAAGGUUUCCAGCAGGUGGACUCAGUGAUGAGGCGCAGCCUCUGGAAGGCAUUGUGACCUCACCGCUUGCUGGAGACCUGUUGGACGUUCGUGGCAUGUCCAUUGUAAGCUGGACCUCUGAAGCCUUGACAGUUUCAGCAGGCCAGUAUCGUCUGUGCUGGUGUGCCCUCCUUCCGGCUCCAACGAAUAUCUCGGGCUGCAUCUUGACAUCCGAAUUCAGCGUAGACUUCGGAACCCUUCACUUGUACGGCCCAGUCCUUGGCCAUCGUCGCACAUGUGUCAGCGGAUACACCUGCUCAUUCGGCGGCAUUGCCGGCUACGGCCUGAGUCAGAACGACACUAUCCUGGUGAUGGAGACUUGUGGCUCCAAUCAUGUCACAGCCCGCUUUCCGCAGAGUGGCUUUAUUGACCACAUCUCCGCUAGUGGGUCUCGUAUGAGCUGGGGAGAGACCCCCAUAUCUGCACAUGGUGGUAGCUAUCGCCUCUGCUGGUGUAGCCAGAGUGGUUCGUGCAGGAGACCCGAAGCUUUCCCUUUUGACUUUGGUGAACUCCUGCUGGUUGGGCCAGUGCAGGUGGAUCAGACAUGUGUCGCCGGUCAGACCUGUUAUCUUGACGACCUGCCGCGUGCCUGGUCCGAGCUGAACUCUUACAUGAUUUUGGAGACGUGCGGCAUAGCCACUACACCUUUAAGCAUUGUCACUGCAAGUCCCGUUCUGUCGGCACAGGGCCAAGCAAACUGGGGCGCAAGCCCUCUAACGUCAGCUGACCUGCAGGCGGGCAUCUACCAGCUUUGCUGGUGCGCUCCACUGCCCUCUGUGAAUUCUACGCAUGUGAAUCGCUCCGAGGAUAAUCUGACAGGCCUGUGUCGCCUGUCUUUGCAGCACCAGGUUACCGUUGGCACGCUGAUGAUGAUCGGUGCCAGCGCAGAGCAGCAAAGAACCUGUGUCAGCGGGUUAACCUGCGUGAUUGAUAGCAUUGAGGGUUACCAUCUAUCAACGUAUGACAAAGUGCUUAUCAUGGAAACCUGCGGCACUCAAGUACCGACUGGCUUUUCUUGGACAGCACAAGCCAGCAACGCAUCGGCGGGAAGGCUAAGCUUUUCAUGGGGUGCCGUCCAUAUCACACCUCAAGGAGGCUCCUACCGCUUGUGCUGGUGUGGUGCCUCUAUGGCUUGUAGCCAGGUACGGGAGUUUAGGGCGGACUUUGGGCAAUUAAGCGUCCUCGGACCUGCACCCUUCCUUCAGCAUCAGACGUGUGUGUCGGGGCACCUCUGCCACCUCUCCUCUGGCAUAGAGCAUGCGAAUAACAGUGACUUCGUUGGACUGCGCUAUGCCGUGUUGGCAAUGGACACUUGCGGUGGAGUUUCUGUUCCUCGAGGCUUUCCGCUGCAUUGGACCAGCAAUAGCAGCUCGAAUGCAACAGCUGACAGCCUCUUGAGUGCAUCGAUGCAGGAGCUCGCAACCGCUCCUGGGGGCACAUAUCGCCUUUGCUGGUGUGGCAUACCCGAAACAGCCACAGGCUGCAGAUUGCCAGCAGACUUCCGAGUUCAUGUGGGAGAGCUGACUAUGAUUGGUCCUCGGCUUAGCUCCCAUACAUGCAUCAGCGGUCGCCUGUGCAGUCUCGAAGACCUGCAGGGUUUGCACCUCAGUGGCUCCAAUAUGUACAUGGUCUUGGACACAUGUGGUGCAGCAGUGUGGGCUUGGCCUGAGGGCUAUGCAGGAUUGGUCAAUCCCGGCAUCGCAAUCCCGGAAAGAACCGCCACAUUGGCUGGGCAAUACCAGCUCUGUUGGUGUGCCAACUUGCGCGUGGUGAAUGCAAACGCGACUGAACAUCCCAAUGCGAGCUUCCCAUGCCGACGCGCAGAGGACUUCGCGUCUUCCUCGGGCACGCUCACCAUCCUCGGUCCUGCCCCCUUGCAUCAGCAACGAACAUGCAUAAGCGGACAGACUUGUGUCCUCGAUGGCCUGACUGGUUUAGGCCUAUCAAGUUUUGAUUUGCUGGCUGUCCAAGAUACGUGUGGUCUUGCAUCAGCUCCUUCAAGAUUUCCUGCAGCAGCCGCGCUUCAAGUACUUCCAGGCUUCACUGCGCGAGUUGCUUGGGAGGAUGCAAGGGUCUCGUCUGCUGGAGGUAAGUAUCGGCUUUGCUGGACUCGACUCGAUGCGAACUCCAGCAACUCCUCCAUGCCGGCAGUCUCCUUCAAAGUUGACAUUGGUGAGUUACUCUUGCUCGGCCCGUCUCCUUUGGAGCAGUCCGCCACUUGUGUAAGCGGUCAGAGUUGUGUUCUUGAUGUACUCAGUGGGUAUGGCUUGGAUUCGGGCGGGCAUCUUAUGCUUGCUGACACGUGCGGAGUUCAGGGGGAAGACAGCCUAAGACUCCCAAGUGAUGGGCUGACAUAUUGGGAUGCGAACGAAACUACAGUCUCCUGGUCCCAAGCUUUUACAGCUGCUGGGCAGUCCUACAAGCUUUGUUGGUGCGCCGCGGGACUUUCUUGCACUUCGGUCGGUCACUUCAUCGACGUAGGUGUCCUGAGCCUCAUUGGACCUGCGCCUCUCAGCCAGGGCAGGACCUGCAUUUCUGGGAGCUCCUGCAGCUUCGCGUUGGACUUGGAGCCCUUAGGAAGAGGUCAAAACACCUCCGGCCAGAGCCAGGUGCUCAUUUCGGCCAGCUGCGGUGUAGCUGCAUUAGUGGCAGAUCUGCUGCCCACGCAGUUCUUGGGGCCGUUGGGCUCAGCAUCCUGGCCCUCGCUUGUCCUUCCAGGUGGUGAGUAUCGCCUGUGCUGGUGUGCGGCGGACCCUUGUGAGAUCUCCGAGUUCUUCCGGGUGGAUCUGGGCAGGUUCCUCGUGCUCGGUCCGAGUCAGCAUCAUCAAGCGACUUGCUUGGCUGGGCAGACGUGUCAGAUGUACAUCCCGGUAGCAGGUGGCUCGGACUUUGACCGCUUGCUGCUAGCGGAAACUUGUGGAGCGAUCCGAAGCAAGAGAAGGCAGCCCUUUGCUAUGAUACCAGAGGUUCACAGAUCCGCGCCAGACGUCCUCUCCGUCAGCUGGGGCACAGCAGCCCUUGUGCAGUCAGGUGGUGAGUACCGACUUUGCUGGUGUGGGCACUCAUGUAGCGAUACAUCCAGUUUCGUCUCCACAGCGGGCAGCUUGUACUUGCGAGGCCCUGCACCUUUGCAGCAGCAGUUCACAUGCCUCGCCGGUCAAAGCUGCUCCUUGGAGACCUUGUCCGGCUAUGGCAUGUCUAAUGCUGGAGUCUUGCUUCUCAUGGACACUUGUGGAAUCGCCUCCACGACGUUGCAGUUUGCACCAGGCGAGCCCGAGGGACUUAUCAGCGACUAUGUUCCUCUCGCAGGUGGAAGCUAUCGGCUCUGUUGGUGUGCGCUUCUUGCGAGCACUAAUACCUCCGGUUGUGACUUGCCUUCGUCUUUCUUAACUGAUGCUGGCACAGUGCACAUAAUCGGCCCAGCGCCAUUGCAGCAACAGUACACUUGCGUCAGUGGCCAGACCUGCGCACUGCGGGGGCUUCAGGGCUCCUCCCUGCAGCAAAGUGAUUCCGUCGCAGUUUUGGACACAUGUGGAAGCCUUGAAGCGUGGCCUAGGAAUCUGGUUAGGGUGUUGAACUUGCAGCCUGAUGCCUUGACCGUCAGCUUUCGAGACGCCCUCUCCACACCGGGGGGGCAGUACAGACUCUGCUGGUGUGCCACCGGUGCCCGGUGCCAAGAUGCAAGCUCUUUGCGAGUGGAUUUCGGAAGUCUCACAUUGAUCGGACCCGAGCAACUGUUCAUGGACCGCACAUGCAUCAGUGGCCGAACAUGCUCGUUCGACGGGCUAAUCAGUGGCUCGGCUCUGCUUGUUCUGGAUACCUGCGGCUUGCCAUCGGUGGGGAAGAGAUGGGAUGGAACCCCAACCAGAAUGCCACAUUUCAUGAGCCAGCUGGAGCACAUGGAAAUCGAAGGCGAGCGAGUGGCUUGGGGCAACCUGCAGUUCAGCGCGGCUGGCGGAGCAUUUCGUCUGUGUUGGUGCGCAGGCAACAGCACAUGCCUCGUACCCGAGGACUUUCAGCUGGACAUCGGCCAGCUGUUGUUGAUUGGUCCAAGCUUUGGACACUCGCAGUCCUGUAUUUCGGGACAGGUUUGUUCCAUAUCUCGUGUCAAGGGGUGGCAAUUGUCCGAGUCCGACAGGAUCAUGGUUCUGGACACAUGCGCACAACCUGGAAACGCGACACAGAUUCCUUCGCCUAUUGUAGGCUUCGCCGCCGAUGGUAUGAGUUGGUCUGCCGUCCAAGAACUCAACUUGACGGAUGAAAUGCGUGGCUCCACUUACGGUCCACUAAUGCGGUUUGAACUGGCUGGAUACAUCAGUGCACCGGGUGCAAGGUAUCGGCUCUGCUGGUGUGGAGCACAGGCGGCCUGCUCUUCAUCCGAGGACUUCUACGUGGACUUCGGUGAGCUCCAACUCCUGGGACCUUCGCUUGGACAAAGCCAGACUUGCGUGAGUGGACAAACGUGCUUCCUAAAUAAUCUCGCUGGUCACCAUGUGCAAGACGGUCAAGUUGCAAUUUUCGACACGUGCGGCGUCCACGGUGUGGGAUUGGAUGGUGCCGACCUGAGCAAGUCAGUCGUAAGUCGUAAGUCUUAG